AUGUCAUUACGUGAAGCUGGUUCAACACGUUUGAAACAACUGGAACAGUGUUAUUUGAACGUUUCACGUGGUGAAGAUGUUUUUUCCAUUGAAUCAUUAUUAGAUGCUCUUAUAUGUUUAUUUGAUGAAUGCUGUAGUUCAACAUUACGUAAGGAGAAAAAUAUUGCCGAUUUUGUUGAAUAUGUAAAACCAGUGAUAGUAAAAGCGAAAGCAUUACGGUUAUGUCGAGAAGAUUUCGAAGUACUAAAAGUAAUCGGACGUGGUGCAUUUGGCGAAGUAGCUGUUGUACGAAUGCGCAAUACCGAAAGGGUAUAUGCGAUGAAAAUACUAAACAAAUGGGAAAUGUUAAAACGAGCCGAGACAGCAUGUUUUCGAGAGGAACGAGAUGUCUUGGUACAUGGUGAUCGCCGAUGGAUAACUAAUUUGCAUUAUGCUUUUCAAGAUGAGCGAAAUUUGUAUUUGAUAAUGGAUUAUUAUGUGGGUGGUGAUUUAUUAACAUUAUUGUCAAAAUUUGAAGUACGAAUACCAGAAGAUAUGGCACGAUUUUAUGUUGCUGAAAUGGUACUUGCUAUUGAUUCUGUUCAUCGAUUAGGAUAUGUACACAGAGAUAUUAAACCAGAUAACGUAUUGUUAGAUAUCAAUGGUCAUAUUCGUUUAGCUGAUUUCGGCAGUUGUUUGAAAUUACUUCCUGAUGGAACUGUUCAUUCUAAUGUUGCUGUUGGUACACCGGAUUAUAUAUCACCAGAAAUACUACGAGCAAUGGAAGAUGGCCGUGGACGUUAUGGUGCAGAAUGUGAUUGGUGGUCACUUGGUAUAUGUAUGUAUGAAAUGCUUUAUGGUGUUGCUCCAUUUUAUGCUGAAAGUUUGGUGGAAACAUAUGGAAAAAUUAUGAGUCAUCAGGAAAUGUUGGAUUUUCCGGAUGACAUUGAUAUUUCGGAAGAAGCGAAAGAUUUGAUGAAGCGACUAAUUUGUCCACGUGAAACACGUCUUGGUCAAAAUGGUUUUGUUGAUUUUGCAUCGCAUCCAUUUUUUGAAGGGAUUGAUUGGGAAGCAAUACGUGAAAUGGAUACACCAUAUCGUCCCGAAGUAUCAAGCCCAACGGAUACAUCAAAUUUCGAUGUAGAAGCAUGUUCACCCGAUUUCACACCUUGUGAUACGAAACCACCCAAUGUUACCGCACCAUUUACUGGUCAUCAUUUACCCUUUAUAGGAUUUACUUAUACUCAUGACAGCAUGAUGUCGGAUUGCAAAAGUUUAUCGUUAUCAGGCUUAGAUUCAAGUGCUGAUUCAUUACCAGCUUUAACAGCUGAAGCAUAUGAAAGACGAAUACAAAGACUUGAACAAGAAAGGACAGAACUUUCUCGAAAAUUUCAAGAAGCAAAUCGUCUGAUACAGACACGUUUUCAUGGUUCAGCACCUGAUGGUGAAGCAAUGAAUGAUUCAAUUAAAUAUGAACAAACAAUAGCACAAUUGAAGGAUGAAGUUCAGAUUUUGAAAAAACGCUUAGCAGAAGAAAACAAUUCAUCGUUGAGACCAGCAAAAGAUUCAAAUCAAGAAGAAUUGGAAAAGAAAAUGAAAGAACUGAAAGAAAAGAAUCGACAAUUAAUUUUGGAUAAGCAAGAUUUACAACGGGAUUUGGAGGAAACAUUUGAAAGGCUAACAAUACAGACAAGAGAAUUGAAAGAAGCUGUGAAGCAUCGAGAUUUGGCUAAACAAGAUUACGAUGAACUUAAUACGGCUUUAUUAGAUGAAAGAGAUAAACUGAAACGUUCGGAAAAAUUAGCGAAGGAACGUGAAUCAGAACUUUUUCAGUUGCACCAAAAAUUGGAUGCAUUUAAACUGGAGCUUCGAAAGCUUGAAAAUGUUCGAAAAGAAGUGGAAGCAACAGCAGAACGUGCUCAUCAAGAUUUGUCAAGUGAACGUUUGCUACGUGAAACAUUACAAACAAAACUUGCAUCACAAGAAUCGAAAACUGAAAGUGAAGAGGUUGCACGACUAACUUCUGAGUUGCAAAAAGUAAACGUACGUUACGCAGAAAUGGUUGAUUCAGAAGAGAAAAAACGUCAACAAACAGUGGAGUAUUGGAAGUCACAAAUGGUUGAUCUACAGAAUAGUUUGGAUCAGCAACAAAAGGAAUUAGUGAAGUUGAAAGAAAAGCAGGAUGAGGAGAGAACAGAAUGGCGUACAAAACACGAGGAACAAAUAGUUAGCAUCGAAAAUCUUUAUGAAAGAAGAUUGAAAUUAUUAGAAGGCGAGAAUUCUCGACUUGGUAUAGAGAAUGAUGAAUUGAGAAAUGACAUGAAUAAGUUGCAAUCGGAAAUCAAAUCGAGACUUUCAACAACACUUCCAUUUCCUAACACAUCCGGUCUUACUGAAAGUCAACUUCAGGAAUUAUUACAGUGGGUUAGUGAUGAAAAAGAUGCAAGAGAUUCACUGCAGAAUUUGGCAACUCGCUUACACGGCGAUGUGGAAUCGCUCAAAAUACAGCAAUCAUCAUCAGCAAAUAAUGCUUAUUCAAAUGGAAUUCCAGUAGCAGUAAGCGGACAGGAACGUGGUGGCUGGGGAUCACGACGUGUUAAUAAGCAAACAAAAAUUGAACUCCUAGAAGCUCAACAAGCUUUACAAUCAGAAAUACGCGCUAAACAACAGCUUUUGGAAGAGUUGAAAAAGAUUCGAUCUGCUUAUUUAGCCACCAAACAACGUUUAGAUGAAUCUGAUAAACAGAUUGCUGAGCAAAAUCGUGAAAUUGAACGUCUAACUGAAGAAAAGGAGCAAUUAUCUCGUAUUUUAGGACAGCAUUCUAAUUAUCCUGAUCAGAGUAGCUCUUUUUUUAGCGUUGUUGGUGAUGUUAACAAUGAUAGAUUAUCAACAGUUCAAAAUGUUUCAAUGGUAUAUCGCGAGAGUUUUGAUAGCGCUUCUUCACCAGCAAAUGGAAGUGAUUAUGAAAUUUCGAAUAGUUCAUUGAGACGACAUCAACAACUGAAACAGCAAUCUUUUAAUAGCACUUCUUCACCUGUAUCACCUCCAACUUAUGAGAAUACUAGAGUUCUUACGCCAACACCAAGUACUGCUUCGACAUUGGUUAUGGGUACACAGGGACGAGGUGCCAGUCCAAAAGUUAUUCAAACUUUAAAUAAUGCAUUAAAUGGUAAAGGUCAUCGGUUCUCUCAUAUACACUUGCAAACACCAUCGAAAUGUGCUUAUUGUACGUCAAUUUUGAUUGGUUUAGAUCGGCAAGGACUCUUUUGUCAAGAUUGUCAGUAUGCUUGUCAUGUUGCUUGUUUACCGAAAGUACCGUUAGUUUGUCCAGUUCCACCGGAAGCAAGGAGACCAUUAGGCAUUGAUCCGCAGAGAGGUACAGGCACUGCUUAUGAAGGAUUAGUUAAAACACCGAAACCAUCGGGAGUUAAACGAGGUUGGCAAUCGACUUAUGUUGUUGUAUGUGAUUUUAAACUGUAUCUGUAUGAUUGUAGCACAGACAAACAUGGGAAAGCGAUCGAUAUUCAUCCAGUUAUUAGACAGGUUUUGGAUAUGCGUGAUACGGAUUUCACAGUAACAGGUGUUACAGAAGCUGAUGUUAUUCAUGCAUCAAAGUCUGAUUUGCCAAAAAUAUUUCGUAUAACAACAAGUCAAAUUCAUGGUACACUACCAACAUCGGGUAUUAAUACAACGGGAUCAACAUCAAGUAGCGGUAGUGCUACAUCAGAAGGACCUGUUUCACGACAAUAUACUCUUCUCAUGGCAGAUAAUCAUGAAGAAAAAACAAAAUGGGUAAUUGCAUUAAAUGAAUUAAAAAGUCUUCUACGUCGAACAAAACUCGUCGAUAAGAGUGCUUUUACAGUCAAAGAAGUGUUUGAUUCGAUAACAUUUCGUGAACUUCGUAAUGCGCAAUGUGCUGCAAUUAUAGAUAAAAGCAAAAUUGUGAUGGGUUUUAUAGAUUAUGGUUUAUAUGCGGUUGACUUAGAUCGUGAGUCAAUAACAAUGGUUGGUGGUGAGAAAGAAAAUAAUAAACGGACAGUUGAACGAGUGGAGUAUAAUGCGGAAGAGCAGCUAUUCGUGGUAUUAGUUGGUCCACAAAAAGAUCGCCAUGUUCGUCUAAUACCAAUGGCUGCGCUUGAUGGACGUGAUUUAAAAUGGAUUAAAGUGGCAGAAACAAAAGGUUGUCAUUUGAUGACAGUGGGUGCUGGUAGCUCAAUUGAUCCAUGCCAUUAUUUUUGUGUUGCGAUAAAAAAAUCGGUGCUUGUUUUCCAAAUUGAUCGAAGUGAAAAAAGACAUCGAAAAGUUCGAGAAUUAGCAAUGCCCGGUCAACCACAAACAAUGACGGUAAUGCGUGGUAAGCUAUGCGUUGGUUAUCCGUCCGGUUUUCGCAUGUGGGAUCUCAUAGAUAACACUACUACCGCAUUGGUGAAUUUCGAAGAUUCAUCACUUCAAUUUCUUAAUCAGACAUUAUACGAUGCUCACUUAAUCAUUAAUGUUAGCGGGUAUGAGCAGAAGGAAUUUCUUUUGAUAUUCUCACGUCUUGGUGUUUACGUCGAUGCACAAGGUCGUCGAUGUCGUUCACAGGAAUUGAUGUUUCCGGCUGAAGCAUCAUCGAGUGGUUUCGUUUGUAUAAUGCCACAUUUGUGUGUUUAUUCGGCUAAUGAAAUUGAUGUUUUCAAUGUGAAUAGUGCUGAAUGGGUUCAAACUAUCAAUUUGAAUAAGGCAUUCCCAUUGACCAGUAACGGGUUAUUGACAAUGUGCAUGGUAAACGAUAUGCCAUAUGUUGUGUUACUUUCGGAUGUACUCUCAGAUGAAGAUGCAGUAAGUAUUCCGGUUUGGACAUCGUCCAGCGUUUCGAAUACGUCAGCACUUUCACUGAAAGGUAUGGCAGCGAAACGUCGACGAAAAUUCUCCGUACGUACAUCACGUGAUGAUGAUCGACAUGGAAGAAUUGCUGAUCGUCGAAGCCAGUUACCAAUUAGUGGUCCAUCCGAUUUUGUUCAUAUCGUUCAUAUGGGUCCUGGAGCAGGAUUGGAAUUACAAAAUUUAAUGGAUUUAAAACAACUUGGUUCUGCUACUCAUUCACAAAGUAGUUCAUCUGUUGGAACCGGUGCUGCUGAUAAGGUACGUCAACUUAUUAAUCCAAUAAUGCGUUCGGGCAGUACAACAGCAACUAAUUUGCAUGGUACGCAAACUUUAAGUAGUAUUUCUCGACGUGAUUUUGAGUUGAUGCAAUCAAAAACACGCCCAUUGAGUUCGCAUAGCAAAAGCUCAGAUGGUUCUUCGCUAGGACGUAAUGGCAUGCUUUGCACAGCUCAAUUAACAAAUCAAGAAAUUCAUACUGUGGAACAUCCGGGACAAAUACGACGUCCUAUGAGAACAAAUUCACAAAUGGCAACAACAAUCCAAGCAUCAGCAGCAGCAGCGAAUCGAAAUGAAGUAGCUCGUAUAUAG